AUGUCGACCGAAGAAUUCCCCACCACUCCUCUCCAUCAGCAUUAUGAUGUAGUGAUUGUCGGCGGUGCCACCAGCGGCUCUUCCAUCGCAUGGCACCUGGUCACGAACCCUGACUUCAAAGGGUCAGUACUCGUCGUCGAACGGGACCCAUCGCUACAGUAUUCCGCCACUAAAGCGAGUAACAACUGUAUGCGACAACAGUUUGCCACGGCUAUCAAUGUCCAGAUUGCCCAGUACGCCGCCGAAUUCGUCAAACGUUUCGGCAACGAGUUCCCGCCGGACGCGUGCGUGCCGGAUACCCCGAUCCGCAGCUUCGGGUACCUCUAUUUAUCGGACUCGGAGAGAUUCACGGAGGUGUUGAAACAGGACCAGGAAUUGCAGGCGAGCUGUGGAGCUGGCACGCAGAUCUUAUCAAGGGCCGAGGUCAUGGCAAGGUACCCAUUCUUCUUCACGGAUGACAUUGAUGCCGGGAGCCUUAACCUCGUCGACGAGGGCGCUUUCAAUGCCUUCGGAAUGGUUGAAUGGUUACGUCGAACAGCCCGUGAGAAGGGGGUGGAGUAUAUCAGCAACGAAGUCGUUGGUGUGAAUAUACAGAAAGACCAAGUGCAAAGCAUCGAGUUGCAAAGCGGACAACGGAUCACGGUGGGCAACCUGGUCAACGCUGCAGGAACUCGCGCGGCCACUGUCUCGAGACUAGGGGGGAUCGAUCUUCCCAUCGAGGCGAGACGACGGUACACCUACAUCUUCGAAGUCGACGAGCCACUCCCGCAAGACUUGCCCCUAACCAUCGAUCCAUCGGGUGUCCAUCUCCGUUCCUAUGGCGCCAAAGACUACCUGGUUGGCUGCCCACCCAUUGGUCCCGACACUGCGGUGGAUGUGAAGGAUUUCAGCUUCGCGGAAAAUGCUUGGGAAGAGAAGGUCUUGCCGGUGAUCACUCGCCGGGUUCCUCAAUUCGCCAGUGCACGGGUGACCAACUCCUGGAUGGGUCACUAUGAGUUCAACACGUUUGACCAGAAUGCUAUUAUUGGCCCACAUAGCGAAGUUAGCAAUUUGUUCUUUUGUGUCGGCUUCUCUGGCCAUGGCAGUCAACAGGCUCCGGCCUGCGGACGCGGCGUGGCUGAGUUGGUCGUGUACGGAGGAUUCAAGACACUUGAUCUGAGUAUGCUUUCCUAUAAGAGGAUAGUGGAAAACCGUCCUCUUACGGAGCGCGCAGUCAUAUAG